GCAAUAAGGAAGAUAAGAGCAAGGGUUAGUCAUUAACUUUAGACUUUAAACCUAAGAAACGUAGGUGCAUUGAUUUUGAAGAGUCCCUCGAAAAAGGCUGAAGAUGAGUGACAUUGAGGACGACACUGAGAUUUCCUUCUCUGUGAAAUUCCUGGACCGUGUGGAAGUGGUCCGUCCAGACGGAAUGCAGAUCCUGAUUGAGGCAGUAGCAUCUCUGCAGAAACCCAACAGAGAAGUGAGAGAGAAGGUGAAGAAGAAGAAGGCCAAAGUGCAUCUGUUCAUCUCUAGGAGCGCCAUCGACAUCCUAGAGCAUAAAACGAAGUUCAUGCUUUAUACAUGCUCUCUUUCCUCCGUCUCGUUCUGUGCUGUUCAUCAGACGCAGCCUAAACUAUUCGGCUUCAUUGCUAAACACCCGGCGGUUGACACCUUCCACUGCUAUGUCUUCCAGAGCAGGAAGUUUUCCCACCUGCUGGUGUCGGUGAUCGGUGAUGCAUUUCAGGCGAGUCGGCAGAGUGUGAGUCUGAGAGGGAGUCGGGAUCUGGUGGUGGAGGCUCUCAGACACAAGAAUAAUGUCUUACAAAGAGAAAACACUGAACUGAAGAGGAAACUGCAGGACAAUCAUGGAGAUACGCAUCUUUAUGAGGACCCUGACACAGAGCAGACCAACUCACAUGUGAGAUUCAGCUCCAGUGGGGGUUUCCUGAGGAACACCUAAGAGAGAGAGCGAGAGCAGGAACAAGACUUCAAUAUGAAUUUUUAAUACUAAUACUGAUGCACAUACUAAUAGUAAUGCUGAUAUUUUUUCAUAAUGAUGGUAGAAUUUGUUUUGCUGCUAAAUAAAUAAUUACUGUU